UGGAUUUUUGGAAUCUACGUAAUAAUGAAACGGUGUUAAGUAAAUACAAUGACACAGAUUGUAGACGUUAUUGGAAAAAAGACGGAUGUAUAAACAACGUUCGGGUAGGUAGUUGAAGUAUUAUCUUUUGAAGUCGCCCCCGAAAACCAGAUUUGUUAUUUGUAGAAGAAUCUCGGCACGAUAUGAAGGUGAAAAUAUAGAAGAGGAAUUGGUAGUCGUUAUCCAUUGCAGGAGGAGCUGGUUCAAUUGCAAAUCAUCUACGUUCCAGGCAAUGGUAACGAUAAUGGUGAUGUGUGGAAUAACAAUAAUUGCAGGACGGGGAUGUAAUGCAAGGGGUGCUCAAUACUGGGAGUUCUGAGGUAAGUACUCGGGUGUUUGUUUGGCCAUUGUAUUCAGAUUUUGCAAUUAUGAAAUGAGUGAACAAAAUUAAGUAACUGUGUAGGGGGGAAAGGGACGGAGUAGGCGUACGCUGAUAUCAUUACAAACUGAGUUGUUCAAGGUAAUUUAUGGUUAUAUUUAAAUUGUAAAUGUUGAUGAUCUGCAUUAGAGUGGUUUUUGUUUAUGUGGUUGCUAAAUACUAAUGUUAACAGUGUAAAUAUGGCAGAAUAAAGUGAUGAGUUUUGUGGGAUAAUUUCGAAAUGUUAAUUUGGUAGGAAGGUGUAAUAAGGAAUUUUACUGAAAAGGGGAAAAUCUUAUAAAUGUGUAAAUUGUUUUUAGGAUGAUAGUAUCAGCGAAGGAGGUUUGGUGAAGGCUAGGGGUGAAGUACUUAGACAACAAGGAAUUAGGUGUGGCCGGGUGAGUUAUUGAUAAUUUGUUUGAAUUUGGAAUGUAUUUGAAUCUAGAUAUACGUGUGUUCAAUUGGUAAAUAUCCUUAAAAGUUUUGUUUUUAAAAAUUUCAGCCCCCCAAUAUGAGUUGUAGAAUUGAAACGUUUGGGCGUAUAUGCCAAAAAUUUGAUGAAAGACGGAAGAGGUGGGUCAUGGAAAUGGGAUUUGGAGGACUUCUACAUUUAGUAUCGGACAUGCACUUACCUAGGCAGCUAGCGUACUGGUUAAUGACAAGGAUUGACCCAAUUAAUAAAAGUUUUGUGUGUCCGGAUGGUCGGGUUUUUUGGUUCUCAAAGAACCAAGUGAAGUGGAUAUUUGGACUACCGAAAGGAUCACGGGCUGUACCAACUAACAAAUGUAUGAGUCCCGAACUGAGGUCUAAAGUUGAAAAAAUAUUGUUCAAAUAUGGUCGUACGUGGGUGACAAAAUGUUGUAGAACUUCUGGAAGGGUUUAUACCUAUGUUGGUAUUCCGGUAACUUCAGAAAUGCUUGAGAGGUUAGAAAGUGAGUUUGGGGACGAGGAGGAAGAAGAUUUCAAGUCCAUGUUUCUUAUAGUAGCCCUGCAUAUGGUGUUGUGUCCUACUCAAUCACCGAGAUUGGCUGCGGAUUUGUUACCAGCGCUGAGUUGUGUGAUGGACUGUGCGGGUUUAUGAUUGGUGUGAGUUAGUACUGAACAAACUAAUGGAGAGUGUUGCUAAUUUUGCCCGGAGGUUUUAUGCCACAGGAUAUGCAAAUGGAUGUGGAGGAUGUGCCUUUUUUGCUGUGAUUUACUAUCUGGAUCGGCUUGAUAGGGAGCCCGUGCAGUGGGAUGUGUACCCUAGAGUAAAGGUUUGGAGCAUGAAAUUAAUUUCAGAGGCGUCUAAGGAAGACAAGUUUGGUUGCGGUGAUUAUGGCAAGUUGGGGGUUGUUGAUGUUGCUUAUGGAGAACAACAUUCAAGGCAUGCUCGGGACACUGAAGGGCCGCCGGGUACCGAACUGUACAAAGAUGUGUCAAUUCUGGAGCACAGUAACAGGGAUAGAAGGCAAAAUUCCAUUGGAUUUGCACGUCGGAAGCGGAAGGGUUUGGCUUGACGGGAUAGGUUCCUUGGAAAGAAAGAAUCUGACCCACAAUGGCCGGUUACGUGUGUGAUAUUAGAGUGAGUUUGUGUUGUAGAUGGCCAUUGGAAUGUAGAGAGUUGGUUACAGUUGUGUACGUUUGUGUUGUAGGUGUAUCCAUUGAGUUUUAUUCGGCCUUAGUUUUAAAUCCGAGGUUGAUUGAGUGACCGUAUAAUGUCGGAUUAGGUGGUUCCCUCGCUGUUUUGUAAAGGAUUCAUAUGGCUUUUUUUCGGCUGAUCCUUAAGUGGCUUUAAAUUGAAAGUUGUUGAGAUGUUUAAGAAAAUCCGUCUGAUGUUGGAAUUCUACGGUUACGAAGUUGAAUUCUUAGAAUGUAAUUAAACUGUAACAUGAGAUUUAGUUUUAUUUUCCCCUCUGGAUGUUUUGUAAUUGAAUUACGAGUAUACCAAAGCAUUGAAUAAAGUUGUUAUGGAU